GCAAGGUGACGAUAACGAGGGAAAGCGGUGGCAAAUUAAAGAGGGAAAAGAGGAGCCCGGAGGUUUUGUGGGGACAAGCGAGCAACAUCCGCCCGAUCAUCGCGAGAUAGAAGCAUCGACGCAGGAAGAGAAAAAGAACAUGGCAGACAAGGAGAUUGUGAUGGACGAGCGAUUGCACGAUUAUUUGCGCGCAUACGCGAAAAGCAUCAGGCUGGGAGCCCCGAGAAUUCUCAUAACCGAGGGCACCAAUAAGGGCGACAAUUACGUCAGCUCCGUUUAUCGCGUCACGAUCGAGGGCAUCGGGGACGGCGGGGCCAAGAAAAUUCAGCUUAUUCUGAAAACCACGCAGAACGACGCCAUACCGUUGCUGACCACCAGCAAAGUCACGAAGAUGUUCCAGCGCGAGAUGUUCUUCUACCAGGAGGUGUGGCCCAUUUUCACGGAGACGCUCAAGGGACGCGGCGGGGUCGCCGACCGCUUCCCCAUUUUGCACGACGUUAAUGACGAAUCCGGAAAAGAGAUAAUUAUGUUGGAAAAUCUAACGCCUCGAGGUUUCGUGAUGGCCAAGUCAAAAAUUUUGGAUUAUCCGCAUCUCAGGCUGGCGUUUCGAUGCCUAGGCGAGUUCCACGCGUACAGCUUCAUUACGCGUUACGCGAAUCCGAAGAGCUUCGAGAAAUUGAAGGGGAUGGAGGAAAACUUGUUUGUUGAACAGCCAGAGACGGUCGACGAGGAAAUAAUAAGGAAAAAGUUUCUAAAAGGGCUCACCGAUUUAGUAUUUACGGCCUUGGAAAAUGAAGAUAAACAUUAUUCCGAAAGGUACCAACGAUUCGUGGAUAAUAUGCUCUCGGACAUGAUCGAUGCAACAGACGGAAAAGCCGCUGAGCCGUACACCGUUGUGAACCACGGUGACUGUUGGACCAACAACAUGCUCUUCAAAUACGAUCAAGCGAACAACCCGUGCGACCUGCGCUUCGUGGACCUUCAGAUAUGCCGUUACGCAUCUCCUGUCUUAGAUCUAGUUUAUAUACUCUUCUGCUGCUGCACACAUGAAACAAGGAGUAAAUAUUACGACCAGGUAGUACACGAAUAUUACGAAACACUGUCCAAGUGUAUCAAAAGGGCCGGUUACGAUCCUAACAUCCUCUUUCCUUACGAGGCAUUGUGUCAACAUUUUCUCAAAUUCGGAAAAUUCGCGGCGGGAAUGGCUACUUACACGACACAUAUAUUUACCAGUAAUGACGUGGAAUUAAAAAUUACACACGACAAUAAAAUACUCCAAGAAAGAAUACAAAAUGAUAGCUUUUACAGAAAUAUGUUAAGAUGCACUUUUAAAGAUCUUGUCGAUAGAAAUUAUAUAUAAAUAUAUAUAAAUGCUAUCACAAUAAUAUUGGUAUCAUCACCAAAGAUAGAAGAAAAUCUUUAGGUUGAAGGUAAAAUGCACAUUAAAAUAUAUAUUAAACUUAGAAGCCAGUGUAAAACUGUACCAAGAGUAAAAUGCUAUAUGUUAAACAAAAAACGAUAGGAUAUCUUGAGAUUAAAGAUAAAAUGCACAUAAAAUAUACAUUAAACUUAGAAACCAGUGAAACUAUUAAACCUGCCUCGAGUUAAAGGCAAUUUAUUAGCAAUGAUUUUGCAUAUCUAUGCAACGUAAAAGCUGUGUACAUAUUUGUCUUCGUUUUUAUGCUCGUUUGAAAAAUCGAAUAUAGAUAUUGCUAUCGACUUCUAAUAAAAAUAGACAAAAAUUUUAAUCGCGUAAAAAAAAGUAGUACUUAGUGAAUUUAGUUUAGCCACUAACAAAUUUGUCCAAAAAUAAUGUAGGGUAUACAUAAUUUUAAAUACCAAAGUACAAAAAAUAGUAUACGAGGUAAAAUUUUCGCUUAUAAAUUUGUGAUACCUGUAUAUGUAUGUUUUCAUUAUUCGAAUGCAUUCGAAUGUUGAUAAAACAAUUUUACUCAGGGAAAGACGGAAAUUGUACAAGAGAUAUAUUUUAAAAUGAAAUUUACAAUCUCAAAUAUACAAAAUAAAGGCAA